CCGCUCGGGCGGUGGUGGAGGCGGCGGCGCGUGCGACUGGGGGAAGGGAGGGAGGAGCUCGCGCUGCCCGGACCAGCCCGCGCGCCACCGCUUCCAGCAGCAGCAGCAGCAGCGGCGCCCGCCGGGCGGAGGGUCCGGUUCGCGCCGUGCGAGCGAGCGAGCGAGCGAGGGCGGAGGCCGAGGCGGCGCGGCGCGCGGGGGCAGCGAAGCCCCGGGGGAGGCGGCAGCACUAUGGCCGGGCCCCCGCCGCCGCCCCCGGGCCAGGAGGCGCCGCGCUACCAGGAGUGGAUCCUGGACACCAUCGACUCGCUGCGCUCGCGCAAGGCGCGCCCGGACCUGGAGCGCAUCUGUCGCAUGGUGCGCCGGCGACACGGCCCGGAGCCGGAGCGCACCCGCGCCGAGCUGGAAAAGCUCAUCCAGCAGCGCGCCGUGCUCCGCGUCAGCUACAAGGGAAGCAUCUCGUACCGCAACGCCGCGCGGGUCCAGCCGCCCCGGCGAGGCGGAGCGCUCGCCGCUAGCCCGGCGGCCCCGCAGCGGCCGGCCCGCACUUCCCCGCCCAGCGCUCCCGCCGCCACCGCGACGCCCCGGUCCUCCCAGCGUGCCGCGCCUCGCUCAGAGCCAGCCGCGCCGCCGCCGCCGCCUCCCCCCCCUCCUCCUCCUCCUCGUCGGACCGGACGGGAGCGCCCGCCGCCUCCCCAAGCCCAGGAGGAGCCCUCCCCCGUGAGCCUGCGAGAAAUCGUGCGCUACUUUGGCGGCGACGGCGCCGCGCCGGGGGGCGGCCGGGUGACUCGAGGCCGAGCGCAGGGGCUGCUCCAAGAGGAGAGGCUCGAGAGGACCCGCUUGGGGGGCGGGGGCGGCAGCGGCAGCAACAACGUCGCCUUGCCCAGGGCGGAGAGAGGCGCGCAGGCCCGGGCGCCCAACGCCAGGGCGUACAGGAGCAAGAAGGGAGGUGAGGAGGCCAAAGGUGAAGAGGAGGAUGAAGAGGAUGAAGAAGAAGAUGAAGUCUCAACCAUGUCUGAAGGUUCUGAGGUGGCCCAAGAUUAUGAGGCCAGCAACUACAGCCGAUCGGGGAUAGGCCAGGUGAACGGGGACUGUAAGGACAGCAAGCAUGGUGGGAAAGAGAUCCCACCCAGCAGUGUCCUCUCCAGAGACCUGUGUUCCCUUGAGGAGCACUGCAUGAACAAAGGAUCCGAGCAUCCCCACCAUGAAGGAAAUGAGCGAUGUCAUAACAAGGCCUCUUGGCCUGGAGAAAGUGCCUGUCAGCAUCUGGGGGGCAGCAAGAAAGAUGGCAGCACCUAUCAGCAGCCUGACAGAGCAGUGUCACCAGCUGUUGCAGGUACUGAACCUUCUGUGCCGUCCUCUCCUGGGAGACCUGGCAUCCAGGCAGAUGGGAGACCAUUCAGCUGCACCUCAGUGAAGGAGAAACCUUCCGACCCAGUGGAAUGGACUGUCAGUGAUGUUGUGGAUUAUUUUACAGAAGCUGGGUUUGCUGAGCAAGCAUCUGCCUUUCAAGAGCAGGAGAUCGAUGGGAAGUCUCUGUUGCUGAUGCAGCGCACCGAUGUGUUGACAGGCUUGUCUAUCCGUCUGGGACCUGCACUCAAGAUCUAUGAGUAUCACAUCAAAGUGCUGCAGCAGUGUCACUUCGAGGAGGAUGAGGGUGAUUCCUUCAUGGGCUGAAGCCAGAGGGUACAACUUGCAAAAGGGUGGGUGGGACGGGGGACUGCCAGUUGCUACUGUCUCAUCUAUUUCAGCCUUCCUCUACCGUCAUGCAAGCAAGGCAUCAGCUAUGUGGGAGAAGGGCAAAAGCUGUGAUUGGACAUUGAAAGAGGAGAGGGGCAGAAAUGAUGACCCCAGUUUUGUGGCUUCUGUAUCCUGAUUGCCCAGAGAGUGGGAGAGAAAGAGAAGGCCAGGGUGGGAGGACUGCAAAGCCCCUUCCUUCUCCCAUCCUGUGUGUGUUGUGCCCCCCCCCCCCCCCCCAGCUUCUCACUCGCCAUAGUGCAUUGUCUGUUUCGGGAAAGUGCGGAGAGAUGCAGCUUUGCUUCUCUAUGCUCCUCGACUCAAUUUAAUGGAGAUAACUUGUGCUUCAGCACCUCGCAGUCCUCCCACAGUAGCACUUGAUGGUCCUGGCUGCUCCUUCCCUUCUUGCUAUGAUGGGCAAGAAAACUUGCUGGAGGAGUCCAGAGUAUCUUUUUAUUCUUUUUUCUGUUUCUUAGGCUUUCCCCCCAGUUUUCAUAGUCGUUGCCUGGAGUCAAUUACUUUUUUUCCCUUUCCCAUUUUUAAAAAAUAUAAAUAUUUAAACUGAAAAAAAAAUACUUGGUUUAGUAUUUUCAGACCUGUUGGCUCCCCGAAAGGGACAUUGGAACAGCUAAAAUUAAUCAGUUUCUAAGGGAGGUGGAAGUCCUCAGUCCAGUCUUCAGCUCUUAGAGGGUGGUUAUCUGGUAGUUUUUGCUCAUCUGUUUUUAAGGAGAGAGAGAGAGAGACCUAGGAAAAUUAUGGGAAUAUUAGGCUUUUUGAUUAGCCCUGAGUUGGGAGAAGAACCCAGAAGAUCUGGCUCAACAUUCACCAGUGUAAUCAACUGGGAAAACUGAGUUGCUGUUUUGUUUUGUUUUUACAUACACACGGCCUGUGCAGUAGCUAUUGCACAAUAGGAAAGUCUGAAAUGACAUGUUUGGAAAACAGCUGUUUGUGGUGUUGCAGUUAACAUUCUAUGUGUGGUUCAGCUCAUAUUGUAUUCUCAUGGGAGCUGUUAAAGAUCAUGUAAGCAGUGUAAAAACUUUGAAGACUAAAGGAGGAAUAGGAACUGAUAACUAUCCCUGUUCUUUCUUUCAAAAGAAAAUAUGGUACUGGGUUUUGCUACUCCUGUAACACCAGAAAUGAGUCUUCUCUUGUUUAAAGCAUAUAGGUAAAUUGUAACAUCAAGGGAGGGUCAGGGGGAAGUGUCCAUAGUAAAAUAACCUCCUUGUACACUGGCAAAAUUCGAUGUAAUGGGGUGGCCCCGUCCACAAAAUAUGAUCCUUCUUGGUUGUGCUGGAAGCGCACUGCACAGAAUCUGAUUGCUUAGGAAGUCUUUGUAUGUACCAGCUUGAAGCAUCCUUCAAAAGACUGUAGGAACUGGAACUACAAGAUGAUUGAGAAAUCUGAACUUCAACUGCCAAGGUCCCUUGGUGAAUGCAGUGUUAGGGUCAGUGGAUAAGGGGUAUUACUGCCCUGUCCAUUUGCACCUCAGAAACAUAGUAUUACAGAUACAUCAGCAGAGAGACUUCAUAUGCAUGUCUAGAGCAACGCGCAACUACACAGGAGCACACUGAAGUUAUAUUCUUUAAAAUGUAUUUGAAACUAUGAGGGCUAGAAACUUAUUGUUUGAACUCAAAAGCAGAGGUUAAUGUUGUAGCACAAAAGUGCCUCGGGGCUUACAUACUGGCUGCAUGUUGCCCCCUAUUGCACUGGAUCCUACUACUUUGUCCAGAGCUGGGAAUAAAAAACAAGACAAUUGGGCUCUA